AUGUCGGAACAAACUUACUCCGAAGUCGAUGCCCUUUUGCAAGAGUUCCAGAAUUUGUCACUCGGCGAAACAGACGCAUUCUUUGCGAACACUGAACUUGGGACAACUUUCGUUAACGACCAGCUAGGCGAAAUAUUCAUUGCGUUUUUGUCCCAGUUCUUUACGCCAGACAUAACAACAUAUCGCUCCACUUGUGAUAGCCUAAUGCCUCUGAUUAGCCUGGCGCUACUUACUGCGAAAAGUCGCCAGCUGCUUGCUAAUGUGUUAGAUGUUGACUUCGUGGCACACCAGCUUGCCGAUGUGAUGUUCGAGAGUUCUGUGAGCGUCUCUCUGACACUCCAGGAGGGCUUCGACCCACAGUACUUUGUGCCGACGCACUCAAUCGCCCGAAUACGCUUGAUUGACAUCAUUAACCAAUGCCUCACGUCUCCACACGAUUCCAGCGACAUCCGCUCUGAACUCCUGGCUCUGAGAUCGAAUAUUCAAGAGCGAGAGAAUCAGGCAAAAGCUGCCUUGCUUGCUCCCGAUACCCAGUGGAUUCACGAUCUAGCGGAAAUGUGGCCUGAGUUCAAAGCAUUGGACCCUUCAUACACCUCUACUGAGGCUUUUCCAAACCCAACCGCCCAACUCGGACCGAACUCGGCUAUGAAUAUGGGAAACCCGCGAGUAUCCGAGUUGACGCGCCUUAUGGGAGCGUCUCGACAUCUAUCUACCCUAUCCACAACAUCUUCACGCCCCAUCAAGAGUCUCCCUGCACGAGGUGCCUCGGUUGCCCGCAUGCGAUCACUUUCCGCGAUGCUUUCUCCUCGAGUUUCAGAUCGUGUGCUGGCCGCGCUUGGGACAGUCGCUGAAGAAGAGAUGCAAGUGGACUGA